CCUUAGCGUUUUUGUGUAUUUUCGAUAUGAGUCACUCGUUAACAGCGCUUUCAAUCUUUCGGAAGUUCAACGGUAAUUUUUAACAGGAGAAUUAGUGCAAAAAGCUAGUUCCAUUCUUCCCACAAUCAACUGAAUACGAACACCCUCCGGUUUUGCCAUGUCCGAUCCCCGACUGCGGCAGCUAACGAUCAAAACCGGUGUCGUGAAGCGCCUGUCCAAGGAAAAAACCGUCUACGAGAAGGAAGUUAUCACCCAGCAGAACCGUAUCGACAAGCUGAAGGCCUCCGGUGCCGAUGAUCAUGUCCUUCGGAAGCAGGAGGAGGUGCUGCAGGAAUCGAUGAUGAUGGUUCCGGACUGCCAGCGGAGAUUGGCUAAAGCUUUCGAGGAGCUUAGUGAGAUGUUGAAGAACGAAGAAGAACUGAAAGAGACCGAACAGUAUCUAGCAGCAUCAAACGUUUUGGAGGAUGCCAAAGUUAACCUACCUCAACAUUAAACAAGAUAUUUUUGCCACGACAUCAAAAUUCCGCUUACCAAACUUUUUAACAAUUAACAUUUUAACCAAGAACAUAGCUUUGUGAGUUCCUUAAGAUUACUCAAGCACAAGUGCUCGACACGAAUCAAGAUAUGCAGAACCUACCC